CCUUCUAGGGCGACCCUGAAGCAGUCACCAGCCGAGACUCAAACCAUGUCUACAAGUGCUUAUGAUCCGGCAUGGGGACGCACAUUUUCUCUACUGUUUUCCCCACAAAUAUGGCCAUCAAAACAGAACGAUCCUCGCUCAUUAAAAAAAAGGAGAAAAAAUCCGGUGAUGAUUAUUGCAUUCUGGAGGAGGCCGGAGAUGAGGAAGACGACGUGUGCACGGCCGAAGACCGACUGCUGGAGGAAGGUUCGCGGGAAGAUUACGCCCCCAACGGAGGCUGGGGGUGGAUAGUGACUCUCGCCGCUUUUGUAAUCUGGCUCUUAAAUGGGUCGUGCAGUGCAGUUUUCGGGGUCCUGUUCUCGGGGUUCUUGACGGAUCACGGCGCUUCUUCUUCAACCACUGCUUGGAUUCAAAACCUGACCUUUGUACUGUCCAACUUCUGCUCCUACCUCCUGGACCCGCUGGUGGGGGAGUUUGGGUGGCGGCCUGUCGGCAUUGCUAUGGGCUUGAUGAACGGCUGCGGACUCGCCCUCUCCGCCUUCGCCACUUCCCCCGCUUACUUGUUCUUCUCGUACACCGUAGUAGCAGGUAUACCCGUGGACAUCUUGCUAACAUUAACCUUUGCUAUCGUCCCGCACUACUUCACGACCAAGAGAACGAUUGCCAACAGCCUCAUGACCACCGGCUCGUCCUUCAGCAUCAUCGUCAUGCCCAUGAUUGUCACCUACCUCCUCGAUCAGUACGGCUUCAGGCACGCCACCCUUACCACCGCCGCUCUUUACUUUAACAGCUGUGUCGCGGCCAUGGUCUUUCACCCUGUUGAGUGGCACGCCAAGCAACGACAACACCGGCGUAAAGUGAUUGAGGUGACUGAGAAAUCCACAUAUUCCCCAUUACGAAAAGUUGCAGUCAGCGCUAUUAACAACCUUGGCCAUUUGAAGUCGGGAAGAGUCAUCGUCAUCGGCACGGUGUUGGGGAUCAACGUGAUGGGCCUCUUCAACUUUUACUACCUGGUGCCUUUUACGAUGAAGGCAGCAGGAUACACCGUCGAGGAGGUCGGGAUGUGCCUCAUUGUUUCCGGGAUCACGGUGCUCAUCACGAGAUUUGUCCAGCCGCUCCUUAUCAUGUGGACAGGCAUCACCCACAAGACUGGCCUCAUGGUGGGCUCAUCCAUCAUCGCUACCUCAAUCACCGCGUUCGCCUGGUCUGAGACACUGGCAAUGAAGAUGACGUCGAUGGGGACGUUCGGGGUCGGUUACGGCUUCUUCUUCACGUCGUACAACUUGGUGAUGGUGGAGGUGCUGGGCCUGCCGAUGCUCCAGCCGAUGCUCAGUGUGACAGGACUCUUCAAAAGCACGUGCUUCCUCACCCUUGGCCCAAUGAUAGGGUCGGUGAGGGACAUGAGUGACAGCUUCCCAGUUUGCCUUACCCUGCUGGCCAUCUUCGAGUACGUCAGUGUGGCAAUCUGGCUCUUCCUUCCCGCAGCUCGUAGGUACGAUCAACGUAAGGCAGAGCAAGAACUACAACAAUAACCACGGAUAAACACAAGACACAACUCUGUGCAUGUAACAACUUAUACCUCUUCCCAGAGUAUAGGUAAGACUAAUUACAGGAAUGCGAGAGGGAUGUGGAAGUAUUUAAUGUUACCUAAAGAGUACGAAACAUUGAUGUUAGUGAUUGCUAAGAAGAGGGAGGAUGAUGACAGGUAUGGCAGGAUUAUGGAGUUUUAUGAGGUUGGUAAAGGAAAAAAGGGGACUCAUAAUUGAAAUAAUUAGACUGUAGGCGACAUGAAUAAGUUUAUAUUUUUAAUGACAAAUUACGACUCAUGUCUGUCCUUACCGGUGAUUGUAACUUUCACUGGCUAAGGAUUGUCAAUUACAUUCAAGGAUAUCUGAGCUAAAAAAAAAACGUCCAAUUAUGGUUUGAAUAUUUACAAUAACACGUAAGGGUAUACUGUAAUCAAUGUAAAUAUAUUAAUGUAUAAUUGUGGGGUUGUUCAACAAGUUUUUAGGGUAGAAGGGAAGAGAUAAGCUAGUAAGGUAUGUGAGGAAAAGGACUAAAGGGAACAUUCGCAUCCUUAUUA